AUGAUUGAUAAUCGCAGAGGUUGGCAUGAGAUGCUGUCGUAUGCUUUAUUGGGUUACAGAACGACCGUCAGAACGUCAGUUGGAGCUACCCCAUAUUUGUUAGUAUAUGGAACAAAAGCAGUUAUACAUGUGGAAGUUGAAAUACCCUCAUUGAGAAUCAUCCAAGAAGCUGAAUUGAGUGAUAGAAUGAUUCGUGCUUUCCACAAGAAGGUAAGAGCCAGGAUAUUUAAAAUCGGCCAGUUGGCUCUCAAACGCAUUUUCCCUCAUCAGGAUGAGUACAAAGGGAAAUUUGCACCAAAUUGGCAAGGACCCUACAUGGUUCACAAAGUGUUAUCUGGAGGUGCCUUGAUCCUUUCGGAGAUGGAUGGCACCGAAUGGCCAAAACCAAUCAACUCAGAUGCUGUCAAGAGAUACUAUGUGUGA